UAAUUUCACUCAGUAUCUCAGUGUAAUCUAAAAAAAAAAUACACACAUAUAUAUAUAUAUUACUAAUAUUUUAAUUUAAUGCCUUAUUUACUGAAUAUAUUAGCACGUUAUUUAUAAUAAAUACUCACUAUCCACUGACUUUUAAGUGGUUAAGUAUUAUAACAUAAGCAAUAUGACUGAUUUUUCUGAACCUGAAAAUUCUGUGUCGGCUGAACAAGCCGCGGAGGCGGAAAGAUUCAAAGAAGCGGCGAAUGUGUAUUUUAAAAUCCAAAGUUAUGAGGAGGCCAUUGAAAAUUACACGAAAGCAAUAGAAUUAAAUCCCUACAUGGCAUCGUAUUAUGGGAACAGAAGUUUUGCGUAUCUCAAGACCGAAUGUUUUGGUUACGCAUUAAACGAUGCUACCAAGGCCAUCGAAUUGGACAAGAACUAUGUUAAGGGCUACUGGAGACGAGCUGCAGCUAACAUGUCAUUGAGUAAAUUUAAAUUAGCGCUCAAAGAUUUCGAAACAGUCACCAAGGCCCGACCCCACGACAAUGACGCUAAACUUAAAUAUACUGAGUGUUUUAAAAUUGUUAAAAAAUUGGCGUUCGAAAAAGCCAUUUCAGUUGAUGACAACAAAAAAAAUAUUGCCGAUUCAAUUAAUCUAGACUCUAUGGCGAUCGAUGAUGAUUACAAUGGACCAAAAUUAGAGAAUGGAAAAGUGACGUUAGAUUUUAUGAAAGAUUUACUCAAGUGGUAUAAAGACGAAAAUAAAUUGCACAGGAAGUACGCCUACCAAAUUUUACUAGAUGUAAAGAAUUGGUUUAUGGCACAGCCUAGUUUGGUCGACGUCACAAUACCUGACGAUAGUAAAUUUACAAUUUGUGGUGAUAUACACGGUCAAUUUUAUGAUCUAUUAAAUAUAUUUGAACUCAAUGGUCUACCAUCAGAGACUAAUCCAUAUUUGUUCAAUGGAGACUUCGUUGAUCGAGGGUCAUUUUCAGUAGAAUGUAUAUUUACACUAUUUGGAUUUAAAUUAUUGUAUCCAAACCACUUUUUCAUGUCCAGAGGAAAUCACGAGUCAGCAAUAAUGAAUCAUAUGUACGGAUUCGACGGGGAAGUCAAAGCUAAAUACACCCCGCAAAUGGCCCAACUGUUUACCGAAGUUUACAAUUGGUUACCACUAGCGCACUGUCUCAACAACAGAGUCCUCGUGAUGCACGGCGGAUUGUUCUCGCGAGACGACGUGACACUGCAGGAAAUACGAGAAACUGACAGAAAUCGACAGCCGCCAGAUGAAGGUGUCAUGUGCGAAUUAUUGUGGUCAGAUCCGCAACCGCAACCAGGACGCGCACCAAGCAAACGGGGUGUUGGUGUCCAAUUCGGACCUGAUGUCACACAUAACUUCUUGAAGCUCAACGGUCUUGAUUAUAUUGUCAGGAGUCAUGAAGUUAAAAAUGAGGGUUACGAAGUUAGUCAUGAGGGAAAAUGUAUAACUGUUUUCUCAGCUCCAAACUAUUGCGAUACAAUGGGUAACCGUGGUGCCUUUAUUACACUAAAUGGCAAAGAUAUGAUACCAAACUUCACAUCGUACGAUGCAGUGCCUCAUCCAAAUGUUAGGCCAAUGCAGUACGCAACUUCCUUGAUGAAAUUCAUGAUCUAAUAAAAUGAAAUACUAUUAUUUAACGAUUAAUUAAUAAUGGUAAUAAUAUUAAUAAUAAUAAUAAUAAGAAGAAUAAUAGUAAGAGCGAAUAAUUAAUAUGAAUAAUAUUAAUGAUAAUAAUAACGAUAACGGUAAUAUUGAUAAUAAUUGCGAUUAAAAUUCAAUUAGAUGAAUAAAAGUGUGGAUAAUAUAUUUGAUACAACCGCGAGAAAAAAAGACACGCUUACACUUUUACAAAAACUAAUAAAAUUAAAAUAUCAAUACUCAUAAUAGGAAAAUGAAAUCAGAAUGUAUGAUAUUUUAAAUGAAUGAUUUUUCGCAAUGUAGCUAAGUAACAAAAAAAAAAAGAAACAAAGAACAAAAUAACGCCGUGAUAAUGAGCUGAUGUGCUUUCUCAUUUUUUAAAUCUUUUUAUGGAUUGUAAAAUAGCGUUUGUUUCGACGAAAACAGAGCUUGUUAUUAAAAUGUAA